CGUCAACUCUGCGUGAACUGUCGGUGCAUGGCUCAGGCUGCGCCCUGCGCCAGUAGACGCGCAAUUUGUUUUCCUCACGCGCGCGCUCCUCAGGUCCCUCAGAUAUAAGGCACCAGCCCGGACGUGCUCCCCAUCAGUUCUCCAAGCAAUCACCCUCUCGCCCAAGCUGUGCACUCCCAACGCACUCACACUUGUUACGACCUCUCACGACCCGCGUACACUAUCUCGUCGUCGCACAUAGACGCCGGCAUUCUAAUCUCACGCUAAUCCAACUACUUAACUUCCUGUCCUUGCACACCCAUCCAACCCACCCCUCCAUACCUCGCCACCAUGCGUCCGACCACUGCCAUCCUUCGUCCUCUCUCAACCCGCUAUACACCCCGCCAUUUCGCAGGCGAGGGCAUACGUCUCGCACCGCGCGUUGACAAGCAAGCCUUGUCUGAGUCAUCACACGCGCGAGGCAUCCUCACUCUGAAGGACCACGUCUACUUCGCCAAAUCCACCGCGGAGGGCUCUGGACGGAAAGGCGGUGUAGUGCGGUCGAGCGGCGACUCGCCCCUCGAGCUCAGGAUGGACAUGCCCAAGGUCAUCGGCGGGAAGGGCGAAGGCCCGAACCCCGAGCAGCUCUUCGGCAUGGGCUACGCCACGUGCUUCCUGGGGUCGCUGCAGCUCAUGGCUGCGAGAGCGGGCAAGAAGGAGCUGAGCGAGACGGCGAAGGUGCACACGAAGGUGUUCCUCGGGCACCCCGAAAACCCAGACCUCGAGGGCUUCGGCCUGCGCGUCGAGGUCGGUGUCGAGGGUAUCGACGACGAUGACAUCAUCGCUGCCGCGCACGAUUUCUGUGCGUACAGCCGCGCGCUGACGCAGGGCUGCGAGGUCUCCGUCGUCAAGGUCUGAGGCGUCUCCACCUACGUCAUCUUCUGACGGAUGCUCCCCGGUCUUGUCCGUCUGCGUAUAUGAUCUGUGAUCUCGCGCUGUGGAUAGUUGUCGACUGUGACAUGUGUACCUUUUUAGUAGGUAUCUGAACAUCGCCAACAGAUACGCCUGUUUUGUGCCUUAUUUAUCGGGCAACAUAUAUAGCUGCCGGACCUCUCCAUAUCGCCAUAACCAAACCACGUUACGGAUACGAAUUUAUUGUAGCUUUAAGAGACCCUGAGUGUAGAUAGAACCGCUAUACCCGAUGAUGUAUCGCAGAAUCGAAUUGACACAGCGUUCUCGGUGUUCGCAAGAAUCUUGCAGAGGUAUGCUCGAUCGCGAGAAGCACCGUGGUUGUGAUUGU